AAACCAGCUCAUAUAUUGUUUAAUUACUCUAUAAAAACACCUUCAUAUUCAACACAAUUUCCUCAUACUAUAGCUAAUAAUCAAUAUAACUAUGGGCAGUGGUAGUACUAUUGAGAGGUUGGUAGGUGAGAAGCCAGUGGUUAUAUUCAGCAAGCUAUCUUGUUCAAUGUGCCACUCAGUGAAGUCAUUGAUAAAAAAUUAUGGGGCAAACGUGACAGUGUACGAGAUCGAUGAGAUUUCCAAUGGUCAGCAAAUUGAAAGGGAGUUAUUACUUAAGUUGGGGGGUUGUCAGCCCAGUGUUCCAGCUGUUUACAUAGGCCAAAAACUCAUUGGUGGUGCUGAUAUCAUCUUUACUCUCCAACUCAAGAACGAGCUUGUUCCACUCCUCAUUCAAGCCAGAGCUAUAUGGAUAUAGCUACGUAUACACAAAAACCAUCAUCGGCCAUUAUUAUUAAUUAAUAAUCUUCAAUAAGUCUAUAUAUAUAUAGAACGUUUUUGCUUCUUUUUUUGUUGUUGGGUCUUCAUCAUAAUCUGAAAUAUCAUCAUUUAAUCACUUGCUAUAUAUAUAAUUAAGAAUAAUGCACUGAGUUAUGUAUCGUAAGAUGAUGAUCUUCCUUCAUGUAUUGGCAAAGGUGGCCAACAACGUUAACGUACGUAUAUAUAUAUAGCUAUUUUUAAUUUGGAAAGCCUUGAGUUUAUUAUCACUUUUUGUAUUCUCGUUUAAACCAUGUGAUGAAUAAAGCUAUCCAAUGGUUGAGU